CAGGAUUGAUUACACCCCCUAACCAAACACCCCCCCACCCCCCACACACGGCCUUUUACAUUAUCCCUAUUCCGAUUUUCUCCAAUUCCCCAAAUCAAUUAAUCAAUCAUAUAUCCGCAAUUUUCAAUCGAGAGAAAAAAAAAAUGAACACUCGGAACAUUUGAACUAAUCGAUUUCAAUUCAACCUCUAUCUCUCCCUCCCCUAAAUCUCAAACCCUAAUUCUUCAAUCGAUCGAUCUACACACAGAUACAUCAACGGGGGGAGGAAUUGAUCGGAAACCGAAGAUGGCGGCGACGUUCCAAGGCCAGGAUAAGGUUUUGGCCACCGCGCAGCGGAUCGUGCAGUCGCUCGGCAGCAACUCCUCCGACACGGAGGACAUGCUGCUCAUCCUUUCCGCCUUCGACAACCGCCUCUCCAACCUCUCUUCCUUCGUCUCCUCCGACGAGAAUCCGUCCUCCUCCGCCGCCGCCGCCGAUGCGGCGGCGGCGGCGGCCGAAUCGCAGCCCCUGGAUCCCCGAUUCCUCGAGGCCGAGCGGGUCAUUUUGAACGACGCCUAUUCUACUGAGUAUUCCGACGAGUACUUGCUGGCGGUUGACGAGAUGAUUCAGUUGACCGAGGAGUGCAACCUCAACGCUGUCGAAGCCGGCGAUGGUGUCAUGGAUCGCGCCGUCGUCGCCCUGCAAAUCGGUAUGACUCGAUUGGAGGAAGAGUUCCGCCACGUGCUGAUCCAGAACACCGUCCCCCUCGACACCGACAGGCUCCACCGCUCCUCCCUCUCCUCCUCCGCCGCCGCUCUCGCGAUUGCCGCCACUGAAUUCUUCAACGAUGAUGCUAGCGAGAGUCUCGAUGACCUGAGCAGCGGGCGGUACAGCCGUCACAGCCAUGGCAGGGGUGUGAGCUUUGGUGGGGAUGACAUGUGCCUUGAAUUGAUCCACCCGGAUGCUGUGAUUGAGCUGAGGGAGAUUGCGGAUCGGAUGAUCCGAUCUGGGUACGAAAAGGAAUGCUGCCAGGUCUACUGUAAUGUCCGCCGUGAUGUUCUUGAUGAAUGUAUGGCGAUUCUUGGGGUGGAGAAAUUGAGCAUCGAGGAGGUUCAGAAGAUUGACUGGCGGACCUUGGACGAUAAGAUGAAGAAAUGGGUUCAAGCUCUUAAAGUAGUUGUCCGAGGUCUUUUGUCAAGUGAGAAACAUUUAUGCGAGCAGAUUUUUGCUGGGUCUGAUCUGAUUAAAGAAGUUUGCUUUCUUGAAGCUUCGAAAGGUUGCGUGAUGCAGUUGUUGAAUUUCGGGGAGGCUGUUGCUAUAGGGAAGAGGUCUGCGGAGAAAUUGUUUCGGAUUCUUGAUAUGUACGAUGCAUUGGAUCAAGUUCUGCCGGAUCUACAGGAGCUGUUUAUGGACGAAGAUGCUGGUGAUAUGGUGUGCAGUGAAGCCAAGGGAUUGUUGGAUGGGUUGGGUGAUGCUGCUAUCGGGACUUUCGUGGAGUUUGAGAGUGCAGUUCAAGGGGAGACUUCUAGGAAACCUUUACCUAAUGGCGAGAUUCAUCCACUGGGUCGAUAUGUAAUGAAUUAUACAAAAUUGCUUGUGGAUUAUAGGGGGACUCUCAAUUCACUUUUGGAGAAUGUGGAGGCUGAGUCGGGCCAGCAAGCGAGGGAAAAUACCGAUAAUAAUGCUGAUGUUGAAACCCUGUCCUUCAUUGCUCGCCGUAUGUCGGCAUUGAUUACAUCUUUGGAGUCAAACAUCGAGGAGAAAUCGAAAAUGUACGAUGAUGCUGCAUUGCAGUAUAUAUUCUUGAUGAACAAUAUACUCUACAUUGUGCAGAAAGUGAAGGACUCCGAUCUGCGAAAACUCUUGGGUGAUAACUGGGUUAAGAAACGCAGGGGGCUGGUUCGGCAGUACGCUACACAGUACCUAAGAGCAUCGUGGAGCAAGGUCUUAUCUUGUUUGAAGGAUGAAGGAAUUGGUGGGAGCUCAAGUAAUGCAUCAAAGGUGGCGUUGAAGGAGAGGUUUAAGAAUUUCAACGCUUGUUUUGAAGAUAUUUACAGGAUGCAGACAGCUUGGAAGGUUCCGGAUCCUCAGCUCCGCGAAGAACUUAGGAUAUCCAUUUCCGAAAAAGUGAUUCCAGCUUAUCGCUCGUUUUUGGGAAGGUUUGGAAGUCACCUGGAAAGUGGGAGGCAUGCAGGAAAAUACAUAAAAUACAAUGGCGAGGAUUUGGAGGGCUAUUUGUUGGAUCUGUUUGAAGGAACACCCCUUAUUCUGCACCAUCUAAGAAGGAAAAACUCCUAAAAGUUCACAAGACUCGGGUGACAGGUAUGCUUUCUGGUUUUCAUCGAGGAAUAGUGCGAGACUUUGACUUUCAGCUUGGUGAUGUAUUUAUGUCUGUCAUGUUGGUUGGAUGUGUGUUGAACGCAAAUUUUGUGAAAGAUAUCCUCACCUUUUUAUACUGUAAUAAAAUUUGUACAUUCACCUUGUAAUAUGUGUGGUACUGAAUAUGUAUCGUGUAUUUCUUUCAUGAAUACCAUUUAGAGUCGGACUGGAUAGUAGCUUGGCAUGAUUUGUCCUUUUUUUUCGUUUCUGAAAGUUGCUCGACUCAGCUUCUUAUAAUCAAUUGUAUUACCGUGUAAGACUUUGACUUUUGUAGACUGGUCGUUUUUGGUGUAUGAAAUGUGGUUUUAUCCUGAA